AUGCGGCGCUGGAAGAAGCUCGAUCUCGCCCUUAUAGGUGUAUGUCUAUUAGCGAUUUUGGUGAGAGAGGGUGAGGCGGCGGCUGCCUGUAAGGGAUGCGCUCCUCCUUGUGUAUGCCCUGGACAAAAAGGAGAACGGGGUCUUCCCGGUUUUGCUGGUCCAGAAGGUCAUCCAGGCUCUCCAGGAGAAGAUGGAUCUGAAGGAAUGAUUGGAGCACCCGGAAUGAUGGGAGCUGAAGGAGAUUUCGGAGACAUGGGACCAAAAGGUCCUCGAGGAGAUCGCGGUUUACCAGGAGCUCCCGGUCAUCCCGGACUUCCUGGAUUGGAUGGAUUCCGAGGCUUGAAAGGAGAAGAAGGAAUCCCUGGAUGCAAUGGAACGGAUGGUACGCCUGGAAGACCUGGAUUGCCUGGAUAUCCAGGUCAACCGGGAGAACAAGGGCGAUCUGGAAUUCCUGGUGAGAGAGGUCAACCUGGAGAUGGAGGCAUCAAUUCUGAUGGAAGGAAGGGAGAAAGGGGUAACCCGGGACACCCUGGAACACCUGGAACACACGGAUCACCUGGACACCCUGGAGCUAAAGGAGGCAAAGGAGACCAAGGACCGUGGGGUUUACCUGGUUUCCCAGGACCACUUGGAGAAAAAGGACGAAUGGGAUUGAGAACACCUGGAAUGAAAGGAGAAAAAGGUCUUCCCGGACCACCAGGACCUCCUGGACAAUCUGGUGUUUGGCCUGAGAUCAAACAACCGCCAGAGAUCGAGAUUUUGCAAGGUCCACAAGGAAUGCCAGGAACCAAAGGAGAGAAGGGAAGAAAUGGACCUGUCGGACAACCUGGAUUCCCUGGAAGAGAGGGUGAACCCGGUUAUGCAGGGCUUAAAGGAGACAAAGGAGAUCAUGGAGAUUUUGGAGAAAGAGGAAAAAGAGGAAAAGAUGGAAACAUGGGACUUCAUGGUGAAAAGGGAUCGGGUGGAGAACAAGGAUUGAACGGUUUACCUGGGAUUCCUGGUCACAAAGGAGAAGCAGGCGAGCCUGGAUAUGAUGGACGACAGGGAGAGGAAGGAGAAUGCGGACCAGAAGGACCAAUUGGAAAAGGCACGGGUGAAGCGGGACCUCGAGGACCUCAAGGAAUCGAUGGAGUGCCUGGAGAAGCUGGAGAACCUGGAAGAUCUGGACUACCAGGUUCUGUUGGAUGGAGAGGACCGGUUGGAUAUCCAGGAUCCCCUGGAGCACCUGGAAUUUCCGGACUUCCUGGAUUCAGCGAAAAGGGAGACCGUGGGUCAGAUGGAUAUCCCGGAUUUGUUGGCUCACCUGGUAUCCCUGGAGAAGAUGGAGAUUGUGGCCUUCCCGGCGAAGACGGCCCACCUGGUUUUGAUAUUCAGGGACCACCCGGUGCUGAUGGUUUGUCUGGUCGUGAUGGUUAUCCUGGAAUUCCUGGAACAGUCGGAGAUCCUGGUUUCUCUGGAGAAAAAGGAUUUCCCGGUACAGGAGUGAACAAAGUCGGCCCAGCUGGUUUGCCAGGACUUCCUGGUGAUCCGGGACCAAAUGGUCGAAUUGGUAUUGACGGACCGCCUGGAUUUCCUGGAGUUUCUGGUGAAAAAGGAGAUGAUUGUGGAUACUGUCCUGACGGUCUUGCUGGUCUUCCUGGUGAUGUUGGAGCACCUGGCCUUGAUGGUUUCCCAGGACCACCAGGACCAUAUGGAGAUGAAGGAGAGUGCGGUGAACCUGGUUUGUCGGGUAAAGCUGGAGCUCCCGGUUCUGAUGGAUUGCCUGGACUCGAGGGACCUCCAGGAUUGCCUGGUUACGCUGGACCAAAGGGAGAAAUGGGAGAGAUUGUCGGUCCGAUUGAAAACCCGCCUGGCAUUCCUGGGCCAAAGGGAGAACGAGGCCUACCAGGGUACCCAGGAUCGGAUGGAAGUUCUGGAUUGGGAGGUCCUUCUGGUCCUCCUGGUCCUCCUGGCUUGCCUGGAAAUCCUGGUGAACAGGGUCUUGUCGGAAUUGAAGGAAAGAAGGGACGCGAUGGAGCUCUUGGCUUCCCUGGAGCACCUGGACUGCCUGGAGAUAACUUCCCUGGGUUGCCCGGCACACCUGGAUUGAAAGGCAAAUUGAAAAAUAAAGCAAGACCAAGAGGUAUCGACGCACCUUGGCGUGAAGUCAAGCCCGGACCACCAGGACUACCUGGACAAGAUGGACGUCCAGGAGAAGAAGGCGAAUGUGGAGAUGAAGGACUGCCUGGAUUCCCUGGACAACCAGGUCAAGAUGGCUACCCUGGAGCCCCUGGAGAACGCGGUGGUGAUGGAAUGCCCGGUUUCCCCGGACUUCACGGAGAGCCAGGAUAUCGAGGACAGCAAGGAGAUGUGGGCUUAAAUGGAUUAGAUGGCGAGUGUGGAGAAGAAGGAGCUCCUGGUUUCCCUGGAGCGCCAGGUCUCCCAGGUCAACGAGGAGAGCCUGGUUAUGGUUAUCCAGGACAAGCUGGAAUCCCUGGAGAACCAGGUGAAUGCGGCGAAGAUGGUUUCCCGGGGGUACCUGGAAGACAAGGACAACCAGGACAACCCGGUUUGCCAGGACACCCGGGAGAGCGUGGGAUGGAUGGCCCUGCUGGACCUGAUGGACUUCCCGGAAUUCCUGGAGAAGUUGGACUUCCUGGAAUCCCUGGCAAACAAGGCCGGCUAGGAGCAAUUGGUUGCCCUGGUAAACCUGGUCUACCAGGUUAUAGAGGUGAAAGUGGACAAGCUGGUCAACCUGGAUAUGCUGGAGCACCGGGACUUCCUGGAGAGAAUGGAUUGCCUGGAGUACCUGGAAGAGAAGGAGCUCCCGGUGAACCUGGAAGACCUGGAGAAGAUGGAAGCAUUGGAUUCCCGGGACUUCACGGAGAGCCUGGCAUGCCUGGACUACCUGGAACCGAGGGAUAUCCUGGAGAAGAAGGCGAGUGUGGUGAAGAUGGACUUCCUGGAUUGUCUGGAGAACCUGGAGCUGAUGGCUUACCUGGAUUGCCUGGACGAGAUGGUUUGGAGGGAGAAGGUGGGCUGCCAGGAGAUGAUGGAUUGCCGGGAUUGCCCGGUCUUCCUGGAGAGCCUGGUAAUCUUGCUCGACCCGGAUUGCCUGGAGAUCUUGGACUACCUGGAAUGGAUGGCCUUCCUGGAGACGCUGGUCUUCCUGGUCUUGAAGGAAUCACCGGUCGACCGGGAGCUAAAGGAGAAAAUGGAGACAACGGACUUCCUGGAUACCGUGGAACCGAUGGACGGUCAGGAGAAGAAGGAGAAUGCGGCGAGCCUGGAGUCCCAGGUCAACCUGGUUACCCUGGACAAGCUGGAGCACCUGGACUCGCUGGAUACCCCGGAGAAGCCGGUUUCCCAGGUCUUCCUGGUGACAAUGGACUGCCUGGAAUUCCCGGACAAUCUGGACUUCCUGGCCUCAAGGGAGAAGCGGGAAGCGCUGGACUGCCUGGGUACCACGGCGCUCCUGGUUUGCUUGGAUAUCCGGGAGAGGCUGGACUGCCUGGAGCGGACGGACUUCCAGGAGAUGAUGGUAUCCCUGGUGUGCCUGGUGGGCCUGGAGAGGAGGGUGAAUGUGGAGAAGAAGGAGGCCCUGGAUAUCACGGACAACCUGGAUUACCCGGACCCAUUGGUCCACCCGGAUGUAAUGGAUUGCCUGGAGCUCCUGGCAGAGAUUCUCCUGGAUCACCAGGAUUGCCAGGAGAAGCCGGUCUUCCCGGCCGUGAUGGAUAUCCCGGAGCUCCAGGUCUUCCUGGAGAGCGCGGAGAUGAUGGACUGCCUGGAACACCUGGAUACCCAGGAAUGCAUGGAGAACCUGGUUUACCUGGAGGACCUGGCGAGAGAGGACUUGUCGGUCUUAAUGGAAAAGAUGGGAGGGAUGGACAACCUGGUGUUCCUGGAUUCCCAGGUCAAGAUGGCUUGCCCGGUGUAGAGGGAGAUUGUGGAGAUGAUGGUUUCCCUGGUCUUCCCGGUCUUGAAGGCACGCCUGGUUACCCUGGAAGUAGAGGAGAUGCUGGAUUGCCUGGAGCUCCUGGUUAUCGUGGAGACAACGGAGUGCCCGGACUAUCAGGAGCACCAGGAUUACAAGGAGCUCGAGGAGAUGAUGGACUUCCUGGAUUUGAUGGAAAAUCCGGAGUUCCCGGUCGCCCUGGAGUUCCUGGCCCUCCAGGAGCAUCUGAUAUGACACAACGAGGUCUCCCCGGUGCACCUGGAGAUGAUGGAUAUCCCGGAGAGAAGGGUUACCCGGGAGAGAAUGGAAAUAGAGGCUUGCCAGGACCAAACGGUGCAGCUGGUUUCCCUGGAUCGCUUGGAAUUCCGGGAAGCCCGGGAGUUUCUGGAGUUUCUGGAUACAAGGGAGAAAAUGGAGAUGCUGGUUUGGUCGGUGUUCUCGGUAGAGCCGGUCAUCCGGGACCUCCAGGACCUCCUGGUUUCCCUGGUGUGCCCGGACCAAUCGCUCCAAGCAGAGGAUUCACUUACACCAAGCACUCGCAAACCACUCAGGUGCCAACUUGUGCCGAUGGAACUCAACCACUUUGGACCGGAUAUUCACUUCUCUAUGUACAAGGAAACGGACGUGCCUCAGGACAAGAUCUUGGUCAACCGGGAUCGUGUCUCUCGAAAUUCUCAACAAUGCCUUUCAUGUUCUGCAAUUUGAACAGUGUUUGUCAUGUCUCUUCGCGUUCCGAUUAUUCCUUCUGGCUUUCGACCGAAGAGCCGAUGACAGCCAUGAUGAACCCCGUAACCGGUUCUGCAAUCCGACCAUACAUCUCGCGAUGCGCUGUUUGCGAGAUUCCAACUCAAAUCAUGGCCGUUCAUUCACAGGAUGUUUCUGUGCCAAGAUGUCCUCAAGGAUGGAGUCCUCUCUGGCAAGGAUAUUCGUUUGUCAUGCACACUGCCGCUGGUGGUGAGGGUACAGGGCAAUCACUCCAAUCGCCUGGCUCAUGUCUCGAGGAGUUCCGUGCAGUGCCUUUCAUUGAGUGUCAGGGACGAGGCACAUGUAACUACUACGCAACAAAUCACGGCUUUUGGUUGGCCAUUGUGGAUCGAAAUCAACAAUUCCGCAAACCAAUGUCACAAACAUUAAAGGCUGGUGGUUUGAAAGAUCGAGUGUCGAGAUGCCAGGUUUGUCAAAAGGAUGGCCCUCGUCGU